AACGAAUUACCAUUUUUGCCAUCUACUCCGCUGCUGGCAUUAAACCCAAAUUCUCAUCACUACUCUUGUUUUCCAAGUAUCUCUCGAAGCCAAGCUCUCUCCGCCCCCAAUUCGUUGGAAAAGCUCCGCCGUCCACCGGUUACAGGGUUCAGCUUUUCCAUUUUUGCCUUCCAAUUUGAACGCACCUUCAAUUUUUUCUGAUCUAAUCAGACUUUUCAAUUCGCCUUCUUUUUCUCCAAUUUGUCACUGAUUUUUUCAAUUCUGAUGGCAUUUCUUGGCUUGUAGGCCUCUCUUUAACCUUACAGUCCACCCCGAACCCCACUAUUUUCCUUUACUUCUUGAUCAGCUUGUUACAAUUUGUCGUUAUGGCUAUCAGAUUAACACUUUCCUACUCGGGCUACAUCGCCUCGAGUAUGGGCUCCUCGGCAUCCUCCAAAUGUGCUGGAUCUCGAUUCCUCCACGAAUGCGCAUCCCGUACCCGAAUCUUUCGUCACCCGCCGCCCCAAAAGCCUGACUCCAGCUACUCCGAUUUCCGCCGGGCUAAACCCAGUCCUGGUCCCGUCGGAGUCUCUGUUCAGCCCAUGUCGUCGAUGUACUCGAUGCUGGCAGAGGAAAUUUUGGGGGACAAUUCACGAUCGCCUGUGAUUAUGGGACUGAUUUCUUUGAUGAAGCAGUCAAUGGGGACAUCCAACGCAGGUGUUUUGGGGAUUUCACCGAUUAAGGCAUCGUCGAUCAUUCCGUUCUUGCAGGGCUCUAAGUGGCUGCCCUGCAACGAGCCCGCUAGUACGGAGGUGGAUCGUGGUGGAACCCGUAUCAGUAGCAAAGACACCAUUGAAAGUAGCAGCAGCAUCAAUAGCAAAGUUGUGAAUGAAAGCAGCAGCAGCAGCAAUAGCAAAAUUGUGAUUGAAAGCAGAAGCAGCAGCAAUAGCAAAGUUGUGAUUGAAAGCAGAAGCAGUAACAGUAGCAAAGUUGUGAUUGAAAGCAGCAGCAGUAGCAAAGACGUGGUUGAAAGCAGAAGCAGCAGUAACAAAGACGUGGUUAAAAGCAGUGUUAACAAUAGUAAAUGCUCGGAGGCGUUGGCGAUGGCAAAGACUGGUGGAGCUAGUGUUAGUGUGAAGGCUUUGCCGCAUAGUAUUGGCACUAGCUCUAGUUGGCUGUCCAAAUUGAUGAAGUUAUCCAUUAGCUCAGAGGAUGCCAAGGCAGCUUUAACGGCUUUCAGUGUCAGUAUAUUGUUCAAGUCUACCUUGGCAGAGCCAAGGUCCAUUCCUUCAACUUCCAUGUACCCGACACUUGACGUGGGUGAUCGUGUCAUGGCCGAGAAGGUAUCUUACAUUUUCAGGAAUCCCGAGGUCUUAGACAUUGUGAUUUUCAAGGCACCUUCAAUUCUUCAGACGGUCGGUUUUAGUUCAGGUGAUGUCUUCAUCAAAAGAGUUGUAGCUAAAGCUGGGGACUAUGUAGAAGUUCAUGGUGGAAAACUGUUGGUGAACGGUGUUCCUCAAGACGAGGAUUUCAUCUUGGAGCCACAUGACUAUGAAAUGGAUACAGUGCUUGUACCUGAGGGCUGCGUGUUCGUAUUGGGAGACAACCGUAAUAAUAGCUUCGACUCCCAUAACUGGGGUCCACUGCCUAUCGCAAACAUCAUCGGUAGAUCCGUUUUCCGGUACUGGCCUCCCACUAAAGUGUCGAGCAUUCUGUACGACUCUUCCCAGCAGAGGAGUGUUUUUGCAUUAUCAUGAUACUUCACACCUUUUUCUACAGAAAUGGCUUCAUUCAACUUCUUUUAUCUGCUUGAUUCUUUCAUGAAUCAAUUUUUUUCAAUUUCUUUUGGGCUUAUGCCAGAAUAUGUGAAUAUUACUUAACCCUUGUCUAUUGAUCCCCCAAAUGUUCAUUGGGAGCAGAUCGUCUCGACAAUUACUGUGUCAUUAUUACUGCUAAGGAGCCUAAUCUUGGCUGAUUUUGUUGUUAUCUGUGUAAUCAAUGCGAUUAUUCUAAAUCUACUUUUGCACCAGUAUGAAACUUAGAUGAAUGAUCAUUUUUACUCGCUUUGAUAA